GGGUGUUAUCCGGGACUUUAAUUGGGUUGAGAAUUGAGCCCCGUUUAUUGUGCGUGUAUAAAAAAAAUACACAGAGUUCAGUUUGCCCUAGCCGUUUAAACUUGUUCCGUAUCAUCUCUCAGCUCUGCAUAAACUCAACUUAUCUCCGGUUAGAGAGAGAUGGGGAGAGAGAUGACACCGAAGCAACAAUCACCGAUGUCCUACACAGUGGAGCAGCUCGUCGCCGUCAAUCCUUACAAUCCUGAUAUUCUCCCUGAUCUCGAAAACUAUGUCAAUGAACAGGUCUCGUCACAGACAUACAGUUUAGAUGCCAAUCUGUGCCUCCUUCGCCUUUAUCAGUUCGAACCAGACAGGAUGAACACUCAAAUUGUUGCCCGCAUUUUGAUCAAGGCUCUCAUGGCAAUGCCAGCCCCAGAUUUCAGCCUUUGCCUCUUCUUGAUUCCAGAAAGAGUGCAAAUGGAGGAUCAGUUUAAAACUCUAAUUGUUCUCUCGCACUAUCUUGAGACUGCGAGAUUCCGUCAAUUCUGGGAUGAGGCAGCCAAGAGCCGCCAGAUAGUAGAAGUCGUUCCAGGUUUUGAACAAGCAGUUCAAGAGUAUGCUAUUCAUGUAUUGUCCCUGACUUACCAAAAGAUUCCGAGGACUAUACUUGCCGAGGCAAUUAACUUUGAAGGCCCUGCUCUGGACAAAUUUAUUGAGCAUCAGGUGGCAACUUCUGGUUGGCUCCUUGAGAAAGGUCAUGACAAGAGUCAACUUAUUGUCUUACCUUGUAAUGAGUUUAACCAUCCAGAGCUGAAGAAGAACACUGCAGAUAGCAUCCCCUUGCAGCACAUUACUCGUAUUUUUCCCAUUCUUAGUUAAGUUUGAGACUGCGCAGUUAUGAACUCCUGAUUUCUAAUGUUAAAGCAGAAGCUUGUCAAAAAUUGAUUAUGUACUCUACAUCUUGUGAUGUACCUACUAGUGGAUUUAUUUGCAUCUGGACCAAAUUUUAUUUCUCUCA